AUGAAAAAAUUAUUUUUUAAUUUUAUAUUUUUAUUUUUAUUAAUAUUUUCAAUUGAUUUUUUAAGUGGUUCAUUAAUCGUUAGAGAUUCCUCACUUAAAAAUUAUAAAACACAAUGGGCAAAUGGCGGAGAUAAUCGAUGUUUUAUUUCUAUUUAUUUUUUAGUAACUGAUACAACAAACCCUAAUACAAUAAUAACCUGUACAGCUCCUUCAAAUUUUACUAUAUACGAAACAGGUACGACUUUAAAAAACCAAACAUCAUAUUCAACUUUGUUGAGUAUGGUAUCCAAAGUUGAUACUGGAGAAAACCAAAGUUUUGGCGUAAAUUGCCAAAAUACUGCCGGGGAAACCUCACCAAUAACCUUUAGUCUUUCAUUAAUUACUUCAUCAAAUUAUGCAAUUGAUAUUUCUCCAAUGGACGCAACUGUUUUUGGUUAUCUAGUACUUCAAUAUAAACUAAAUGGUGUGGAGAACCGUUUCUCUAGUGAUUUGCCAUCUGCAUCUGGCACAAGUUGCAGAAGUAUAUAUAUGAGUAAUCAUGGAGUUUUUGGUGCAGUUUCAAACUUAAAUUCACCAGGGAGUGUAUCCAUGAAAAUUCAAUUUCAAAAUACUUUACCAAACCAAGAUAAUUAUUUUUCAAAAAAUAAUUAUGAUUCAACUUUGGUAGUUAGAUACCCAGAAAAUUUACAAAACAUUCAAGUUAUUGGUGAUUUAUAUGCUCCACUUUUUACAUUUACAACAAAUUCAACAAAAUUAACACCCUUUGUUAAAUAUAAUAACCUUUUUUUAACGUACAGAGCGAUUUAUAGUAAUGGUCCACUCACAACUUAUUUAGCAUUAUAUGAUUACAUUACUUAUAUUGGACUCAGAGAUCAUACUUUUUCAGCACAAAGUGGCCAAACAGCAACGACAAGAGAUCAAGUAAAAUUAAAUAUCACAGGUUUACCAUCUACAUUAACAAUACCCACUUUUGGUAAUGUUGAACAAAUUGAUAAUAUUGUAAAUACCGGAUUUUCAAGUGGGCCUUAUAAAUAUGAACCAAUUUAUUUUAGAUAUCAAACUUUAAAAUCUUAUAGAUUCCCAUUUGGUUUUAAAAGUGGUAAUAAUUUAAAUGGAUUUACAUAUUCAAUGUCAUUUUUAAUUGCCAACAAUGAUCCAAUAAUGGGUGAUCUAUAUGUUACUUCUGACUUUCCUACUACAACCAAAGGAUACUCUAAAAAAUUAGUUUCACCAAAACCAACCAAUAAUUUAUUUUCAAAAUUAAAUAAAAAUGAAUUCAUUCAUUUAUUUGGUAGAUUUUAUUUAUUAAGAUUUGAUAUUAGUUACCAAUAUCCAAUUUUUAAAUUAAUUGUUGGUGAUACAAUUUUUUCACUUGAAUCAUAUGCAGGGGAAAAUAUUUAUGAAAUGGUAGUUGAUACUUUGACAAUUACUUCAACAUUUAAAGCGAAUGGACUUCAAUAUUCAACUUCAGAUUAUUUUUUUUAUGCAGUUGAUAAUUCUUACAUUUCACCACCUUAUUAUGAUGAAAGUAAGCUAUAUAAUAUUAUAAUGAACUAUUGUUUUUUAUUACAUAUAAACUAA